AUGGUUUCAAGGAAGUUUGUAAGGGCACAGCCUCUUCUAGUCGAGAGUUAUCUUGCUGGUGAAUUUGUUGAGGUGUUUUAUCAGUAUUCAUGGAAGGUUGGCAUAAUUUUGGAUGUUUUGGGUGGCCAAAAUGAAAAUAAAAGAAAUAAGAAGAGUCGGCAGGUGCAAUAUCUAGUUAGGAUAUUUGAGUGCUCGCAGGAUUUAGUUAUCAACAGCUCGGAUAUCAGGAAAAAACGAACUUGGCAUGAUGACAAGUGGGUUCUAAUAGGAAAGAAUUCCCCAUCAGGCGAUGACGUUAGCAAUCGGCCCAAAAGGCACCCUAUGAAUCCACCCGUGGGCCCCACGAGGUCCUUGAAGAGAGCACCCGACCACAGUUCCUCGGUUUUCGACGGGCCCGCUCGAAAAAUACGAGCGAUCGAGAAAGAAGGCCAAAAGCAGCAAGCGGAAAUGGAGAAAACAAACGCUCGUGCUCGUUCCUCGUUCAAAGGCUCGUACAGAGGCCCCGGCGUUAGUACUUCAAGUUCAGACACCGAUUCUUGUUCGGUCGGCAGUUGUAGUAUCAUCUCAAACGGUUAUAAAAACUCGUGCGGUAAUUUCCUCCUAUCGACAAGUAGUGAUGCCGAGUCAUUUUAUGGUCCAGGCAAAAUCUUCCUCUAUCAUAAUCAACCCCCGGAAAAGGAUUUAGAGGUUAGCGUACGUGAGUUGGAAUUGCAAGCUUACCGCAGCACUUUGGGAGCUUUGUAUGCCUCUGGUCCAUUGAGUUGGGAGCAAGAGGCUAUGUUGACUAAUCUUCGUAUUGUGCUCCACAUUUCGAACGAUGAGCAUUUGAAGGAGCUGAAGCACCUAAUUUCCAGUGAUGUUUCUGUUAGUGUUAGAUAG